AUGCGCCCCGUGGCGCCCCGCGGCCGGCGGCAGCGGCGGCGGUGGAGGGGCCGGUUCGAUGUCGGCGGCGCCACGGCGGCUUCCGGGAAGAUGGCGGCGUGGAGAGCGGCGCUGGCGGCGGGCGUCCGCGCUCCGCUGAGGGGGCGGCUGGCCGGACUGCGGCCACCUCGGAGCCAGCGGCGCCCGCCCAGCUGGAGGGUCGCCACCGCCGCCGCCCUGCUCGGGGCAGGCUCCCUGGCGGCGUGUUACAGCGCGCGGCCGGUGGUGUUCCCGACGGUCCUGGCUCAGAAGGAAGAUGUCAUUAAUGAGGAAAGGGACGAAAGACUCUUUCUUCGGAAGCAUCGCUUCAUGCAUUUUGCAUCAUUGGAAUAUGAAGGAGAAUAUUACAUGACACCAAGAGAUUUCUUGUUCUCAGUAAUGUUUGAUCAAGUUGAACGUAAAGCCUCAGCCAAGAAACUGACAAAAAAGGAGGUAGAUGCUGCACUGCUGUGUGUUGCCAAAGCUAAACCAGGACCAACCUUUUUUAGAGACCUUGGUGAUAAAGGGUUGAUAUCCUAUGCAGAGUACCUAUUUUUGCUGACAAUCCUUACGAAACCCCAGACUGGAUUUCGGAUUGCCUUUAAAAUGUUGGAUACAGAUGGCAAUGAACAAGUUGAAAAGAAAGAAUUCUUUAAGCUACAGAGAAUCAUUGGGAAGGAAGAUGAUGUGAAAACAGCUGGAGAGGAAACAAUAUUUCGGGGAGCAGAACUGGAAAGCUGUGGUGUUAAUACCAUGUUGCUGGUACACUUCUUUGGAAAAGAAGGAAAGGAAAAACUUCGCUACUCUGAGUUUUUCAGAUUCAUGGAAAAUCUGCAAACAGAAGUCCAAGAAAUGGAAUUCGUAAAGUUUUCAAAAGGUUUGAGCGUCAUGAGAAAAGAAGACUUUGCAGAAUGGUUACUGUACUUCACCGAUGAGGAAAACAAUGAGAUUUAUUGGCAGAAUGUGAAAGACAGAAUUGAGGCAGGAGAGAAUAUCAGUUUGGAAGAAUUCAAGACUUUUUGCAAGUUUACAAACAACCUGGAAGACUUUUCUAUUGCCAUGCAGAUGUUUACUGUAGCCAAUCGUCCUGUUAAACGGGCUGAGUUCAAGAGAGCAGUGAAGGUGGCAACAGGACAGGAGCUCUCAGAUAAUGUUUUGGAUACCAUCUUCAAGAUUUUCGAUCUAGACGGAGAUGACUGCCUCAGCCACAGCGAGUUUCUUGGAGUCGUGAGGAACCGAAUUCAUCGAGGUUUGAGGGUACCGCAACAGCAAGGCAUUCAAGGUUACUGGAAGUGUGUGAAAAGAGAAAGCAUUAAAGGAGCCAAAGAAGUAUGGAAGCAAACUGGGAAAAGUCCUUUUUAAAGCAGUUCGUUGUUCUUUUGCUAUAAAUGUUAUGUAGUAGGGUUUGUCUGUCCUGUUUACAUAAUAGCUGAAUCAAAAAUACUCUUGUUUUUUUCACUAUAGUUAAACUUUAGUUAACCCAGAUUGUAAUGCAAUAAUUUUGUAUCGUUCUAGUGCAAUCAGUUUUGUUUACAGAACUGUUAUCACUUUUGACCUCCAUACGGAAGUACUCUUGUUCUAGGGAACAGUGUUGUUUACUCCUCUGUGGAGUCUGACCCUGCGCCGCAGCAUACGCAGUACGCGGGAUUUAAUAGUGGCCACUGGCAGGAACGUCACAGCAAUAUCAUCUCCUGUUGGAAGAGUGGACAUCAUCUCACUCAGCCACUAACACAGCAGUUCUCUUUCCCUGACAAGGGUAGAGGUCCAAAAGGCGAAACCACUUGCACAAUCCAUGCAAAUCAAGUUGUCCUAGAUCAAAAAGGAAAAUUCACAUGGUUCGUGCCCUCAUUUCUGUGAACUGCUCGUGUGCGAGUUCCUGGUGGAUGAUUCCACGAGAUCCUGUAUGGAUGCCUGGUUUGUCUACCUUCACCAUGAUAAUAUUAAACUGGAAAUACAAGACUCUUGAUACAGGCUUUAAAAGUUGUACAUUGAUUUGUUGAUUGUGCAUUGAGUCUCUUAGACCUCUUCGAAAAAUAGUAUAAAUGAGAAGCAAAAACCUUCAUUUUAUCAUAAACGGCAGUAGCUACAAUUUGGGUCAUAACUAUUUUGCUUUAAUUGUAUUGCAGAAGGUGAAUGUGUAACAAAUAGUUGCUUUAUCUUGCUAAAGGUUGUGAGUUGUGACAGGGAAUGCUGCAGUAUCUCAGGAACUUAAGGUUAUAGUAAGUGUUGGGGGUAUAAGAAGUCCAAUGAAAAGGUAAAUAAAAAUGUUUAUUACUCCAAAAUGCAAAGUUAGGUGUAAGAUCUGAAACAGUAAACCAAGAAACAGAUCAAAAUUAAUAUUUAGCAAUUAUAGAUGAACAUUUUUUAACUGCACCAUAGUGUGCAUGUGUGUAUGCACAGGUAUGCAUGUUACGUGUUUUUUCUUUCUUACAACCUUAGGAGUCAAUAGUCCCAGGUCCACAUCACUCUUCCUGGUUGCCCACUAUAAAUAGGAGAUAGACUUAUCUGUAAAGCUCUCAAGGUUCUUCCUCUUUUCCUCUCCCAGUCGUCUGACUUGACUUGGCUGGGGUGAAAGCUUAACUUCUCAAGACAGGUUCAUGAUAACAGACUCAAAAGGUGGACUGGGGAAAUUCUCAAGAAAAACAAACAAGAAAUCUCACCGCUCUGUGAGGAAGUAUCCGUCCCUUUUAAGCGUGACACUAGCUGUGUUAUUCUCAAAGUUGGAUAUAAGCUCAACAGGUGGUGUUUUGUUGUAAUUUCUUCGGGGUUUAGUGCGGGGAGCCUUGAGGAGAAGGAAACUUCCAUGAUAGUGGAUAACACUCAUAUGAGGAACAGGAGAGACUGCGUUAGGAAACCAUAAAGACGGUACCACCUAAGCAGUACUGAGAUUACAGAGAAUCUGUUUGGUAUGUCAGGAGCCAUCAAGCGGGCUUGUGCUGAUGAGGAGUCCUCCCACCCGAGCCUUGGCAGGGUGGUCUUGUAGAGAAGUAGAGUGAGAAGCUAGCAAAGCAGCAGCGUGUGCCUGCCUGCUGCUCUUCCCUCCGCGGUCUUCACUGGGAGCUUUAAUUUAAAUUGUGUUAAAGAGAAAAUGUUUGUAUUGUUGUCAUCUGUGGACAUGCACCCAGAGUCACCCAGCAGAACAAGAGCACGUGGGCGUCCUGAGACUGUCUAGAAAAUCAGGCACUGGUGACCACCAAGGGUCCCUUUACUUAGAAUCAUAGAAUCACAGAAUCUUCAUGGCUGGAAAGGACCUUUGAGAUCAUCGAGUCCAACCAAACAACCUACAAUCGCUGCCACUAGAGCAUGCCCUGAACCACCAAAUCUAGACGUUUCUUAAACACGUCUAGGGAUGGUGACUCAACCACCUCCCUGGGCAGGCUGUUCCAGUGCCUGGCCAGUGCUGACUUCCCCAGGAAACUAUCAGAAUGAAAUAAAAUGUAAUAAACGCCUCAGCCUCCCCCCCUCAAACUGAACUCACAGUUUGAGCAGCAGGCGAUUGGAUAGCUGGUUUGCUUUGUGCGUUUGGAAGUCGCUUGCGUCUUCUAGUGACGAGAGCUGCGAGCAAGAGAUAGCUAACGGGAGCAAACGUGGGGCGGUGGGACUGGCAUCAAAGUACCGCAGCCGGCUUCGCGUCACCAAAUAGCGAAGGACUCAAUCGCGCAAGGCACAUCUGUGUUCACCCAAAGUCUGCUUUGUUCCAGCUCUGGCUUUAAAUGCAAGGCUGCCUCUUACUUGUUGCUGUUAAAAUUUUGGCAAAUUGUUUUUACUUUGGAAUGGAGAUUAUUCUUUAACAUUUUAUGCUGUGUGAUGUGAAUAGGUUUAUAAUGUUCUUUAUUGCUUUUGUGGUUUCUUUUGUUUACGAAUGACUUGCUUCUUACAAGCUGUUUGGUUUUCUUUUGGAAAAAUCAAUUCACUUAGCUUUAGUGUAUCUAGAAGUUACAAGCAAUUCCUCAUUGCUCAUUUGUAUUUGGGUUCGUGCAAUCGGCAGUAUCUGCUUUCGGCAGCAAGUUACUAAAAAUGGGAUUUCAAGUUGUUUUUUUUUU